GGACGCGCCUGCUGCCACUGAGCCCACUGUAGCAUCCAAAGUGACUGAUACCACAACCUGUCCGGGAGAUGCUGCCGUGCGCGGCGAGACCAACAGAGCGGCAGGGGAGGAGGCGUCUGGAGCAGCGGUCACGGUAGAGGUUUUAAAAGCGGCAGCAGGUGAUGGUUGCAACAGCACCGCUCCAAUUUCAAGAAUGAAAUGCAACAAAAACGGAGAAUGCAGGAGGGACUCCGGCACCGGGAGCCUGCGCUCGAUCAUCUCCAACAAGACUGCCGGGGCGGGGAGGGCCGAGGACGGGGGAACCCUUAGGCGCGGUGCCUGUAACUCAGCCAGGGCCAGCAUGGAUGGCUCCAUCACGCAGGGCCACGGGGAAGGGAGCGCAAACCCCGGCAUCACCCCGGUUUCCACCGGCGUCCCCGAGAAAAAGGACUCCAGGGUGUCCUUCUCCAACGCGCCGAGCAGGAAAGCCUCCUCAUCGCUGCACGGCUCGACCCAGACCCAGACGAACCAGCAGCCUAGGAACUCUGUCACCUUCCAGAAGCCCGAGGAGGGACCCCAGAUCCAGACCGAUGAUGCCGAGCCCUGCGGAAGCACCUUCAUGCAGCGACAAUUCAGUGCCAUGCUGCAACCUGGAGUUAACAAAUUCUCCUUACGUAUGUUUGGGAGUCAAAAGGCGGUGGAGAGGGAGCAAGAGCGGGUUAAAUCAGCGGGCAAUUGGAUUAUCCACCCCUACAGUGAUUUCAGGUUCUACUGGGAUUUCACAAUGCUUCUCUUCAUGGUGGGUAACCUGAUCAUCAUCCCGGUGGGCAUCACCUUCUUCAACGACGGGACAACCACCCCCUGGAUCAUCUUCAACGUCAUCUCCGACACCUUCUUCCUCAUGGACCUGGUCCUCAACUUCCGCACGGGCAUCAUCAUCGAGGAGAAUUCCGACAUCAUCCUGGACCCCAAAACCAUCAAGAAGACGUACCUGAAGACCUGGUUCAUUGUGGACUUUGUCUCCUCCAUCCCCGUGGAUUAUAUCUUCCUGAUCGUGGAGAAGGGGAUCGACUCUGAGAUGUAUAAGACGGCCAGGGCCUUGAGGAUCGUACGCUUCACUAAGAUCCUUAGCCUACUGAGGCUGCUGAGGUUGUCCCGGCUCAUCCGUUACAUCCACCAGUGGGAAGAGAUCUUCCAUAUGACCUAUGACCUGGCCAGUGCGGUGAUGCGUAUCUUCAACCUGAUUGGUAUGAUGCUGCUGCUGUGUCACUGGGAUGGCUGUCUACAGUUCCUGGUUCCCAUGCUGCAGGACUUCCCCUCAGACUGCUGGGUCUCCCUCAACAAGAUGGUGAAUGACACCUGGUCGGAGCUGUAUUCGUUUGCAGUGUUCAAGGCGAUGAGCCACAUGCUGUGUAUCGGCUACGGUCGGCAGGCCCCAGAGAGCCUGUCUGAUAUCUGGCUCACCAUGCUCAGUAUGAUCGUCGGGGCCACCUGCUAUGCUGUGUUCAUAGGCCACGCCACCGCACUCAUCCAGUCCCUGGACUCGUCCCGACGACAGUACCAGGAGAAGUACAAACAAGUGGAGCAGUAUAUGUCCUUCCACAAGCUGCCGGCUGACUUCCGACAGAAAAUCCAUGACUAUUACGAGCACCGGUACCAGGGGAAGAUGUUUGAUGAAGAGAGCAUCCUGGAAGAGCUGAAUGAACCACUCAGAGAGGAAAUUGUCAAUUUCAACUGUCGUAAGCUGGUGGCAUCCAUGCCACUGUUCGCCAACGCAGAGCCCAACUUUGUGACGGCCAUGUUGAUCAUGCUACGCUUCGAGGUCUUCCAGCCCCGUGAUUACAUUAUCAGAGAGGGCACCAUCGGCAAGAAGAUGUACUUUAUCCAGCACGGAGUCUGUAACGUCAUCACCAAGGGAACCCUGGGAAUGAAGCUCUCUGAUGGCUCCUACUUUGGAGAGAUCUGUUUGCUGACACGUGGCCGGCGGACUGCCAGUGUUAGAGCGGAGACGUACUGUCGUCUCUACUCCCUGUCUGUGGAUAACUUCAAUGAGGUUCUGGAGGAGUACCCCAUGAUGAGACGGGCCUUCGAGACCGUGGCCAUCGACCGACUGGACCGCAUAGGCAAGAAGAACUCCAUUCUGAUGCACAAAGUGCAGCACGACCUCAACUCUGGCGUCUUCAACAACCAUGAGAAUGAGAUGAUCCAGGAGAUCGUCAAGUACGACCGUGAGAUGGUCAAACUGGUGGACCUCCAGAGACCCCGCACCAUGUCCAUGACUUCCUCCGUCCCCGGGAGCAUGUUCUCCCCCGCAGGGCCUUCCGGGGCAGGGGCCCUCGCCAGCCUCCAGCAGGCUGUGGCCAUGAGCUUCUGCCCCCAGGGGAUGGGGCCGAUGGCGGGGUCAGGGACGCUGCAGUCCCCACGCAUGUUGCGGAGGUUCCAGGUGGUCCAUAGCCUGUCCCAGAGCCCAGUCUCUGCAUCCCCUCUCCAGUCCCAGCCACCCCAGAUGGCUCAUGCAACAGGGGCGUUUGGGUCAGCUAUCUCCAGCCCACCAGUCCAGAGCCCUCUGGCGCACCCGGGACGGACAUUCCAGUACAUGGGAGGCGUGGGGCCCUCUGGGUCUCAGUUGUCCCUGGUGCAGCACCACGUUCCCAGCCCCACGCACACCAUCCAGAGGCCCUCCUCGUACAAGAGCACCCACUCCCUCCACUCGGGCACCCUGAGCCAAGACGCCCGUGCCCUCUCCUCCUCCCAGCUCUCCCUCCCUCAGGAAGGAACCCCUGCCGCCACCCCCAGCCCUCCCCAAUCAACCCACCCAUCCACCCACGCCUCCUCCACCUCCAUCGGCCCCCCUCAGCCCACUCACCCUAGCCAGCCGGGGCCCUCCGCGGUGGGGGUCCAGGUUGGGGGAAGACCUGCGGGAGCUCCACAACGUGUGGCCUUCGCCUCUACUCCUCCCCCAGGAGGAGCACCUGGGAUGGGGGCGGCUGUGGCGGCAACUGGGUCGGGGCUCCUGGACUCUGGGGUCACCAACAAGGAUUAGAUCGAUAGCCUACCGGAGUUAGACUCGGCCCGGAGCCGGCUGUCUUCCAACUUGUGACCCUAUGAGAGGUGCAGAAUAGAGGCCUUUACGUGGGUGAAUGUAAACCUCUGUUUGAAUGACCUGACUGGUUGGCUUCCUUACCGACCUGGCCGGCUGAAUACGGGCCACAUGGUCAGUCAUUCAUACAGAAUGUCUUGUGUGUCGGUCGGAGUCAACGAAGAGGAAAGAGGAACUCUGUGACAAAGAGUCUAAACAAUUAAACUAGUUUAACAAAAGGUGAGACUGGACUGUUCUACUGUGCCAGCACCUUUAUUCUUAGUAGCACCCCUUACACUCUGCUUCCAAACACUUAUAUCGCUGUCUUUAUUGUAAAGAUAUUGAGAAAGAAAUAAUUGUUGCAUACUGUGUAGACUCCAUACAGUGCAAUCUAGCAGGAGCUGGACUUAAAAACGAAACAUCAGGGACUUGAAUCAAAGGACAAUGAUGACAUUUUACGCUUUCAGAACGUGUUUUUGGGUGUCCUUUUUUCUGUAUAUGCUGUUGUAGCAAAAAUAAAUACAUUGCUCUUGACAUUGUUUAAAAUAGUAGUGAAAAUAGUGUUUUAGACCGCUGGUCGAUCUUACAUCGAUAUGCAAAUAGUUUAAAUAGUUAAAAAAAUGACUGAAAGAUAAUAUCUUCAUUGUAUCUAUUCCAAACCAAAGUUGAGCUUGAACACAAAGUUUGGUUGUGUCUGUAUCAACUAAAAAAGAAAUGUACAGUCCAUUCGGAAAGUAUUCAGACCCCUUGACUUUUUCCAGAUU